AUGUGUCGCGUCCAGCUCCACUGCCCGAGCACCUCAAAGACCAUUGACAACUUUGUCAUCGGGGCGUAUCAGAAGCCAGAGCAAGUCCUCCAGGGCGUGCGUCUGGCGCUGGAUCUCAAGUUCGCAGCGCUCUACACCAUCGACGCAAAGCCUAUCAGCGAUCCCAGCAAGACGCUGCAGGAUGACGAGCGUGUGCUUGUCGCUGCAAGUGCGACCGAGACUAUGUUGCCUGAUGCGGCGUAUGGAUACGCUAUGUACGCUGGUGAAGAAGGAGAGGAUGUUGACAUUGAUGUCGAAGGCUAUGGAAUGGAUUGGCAGGACCUCAUCGACCGUGAGAAGGCCGCACAUAUACUCAGCCUCGUAGAGUUCAAGCCGUCAACCCGAAACAAGCUCCGCAUCACGCGGGAGUGUGGCGCUGUAAGAGAGGAUCUUGCAGCCAUCAACCAGCAAGACCUGGAUAUCACGCCAGCGUCGACCACGGAUUCCGACACGCUGAUCCAGGAGAGGUGGGAUACGACCCUCGAUGCCUUCCUCAAACAGAUCGCCAAGAACGCUACUACUCUGGGUAUGAAGUCAAACGUGACUUCUUCAUCGCUUACUCCUUCAACCGUAUCAGCUCUCACCGUCUUCUCGUCCAUGACGCUUGGACAAGCGCGCCUCGCCAGCGAAGUGCUGUCCGAGGCCUUCGCCAUGCGCAUGGAGAAGGAGGAAGGCGAGACCAAAGACCCCGUCCUCCGUGACGAUGACGUGAAGAAUGCGGUCGAGAUAGUCUACGAGCGAGCUGGUGUGGUGCCGGCCAAGUUGACGAAAGUCAAGGGGGGAAAGACAAAAGACCGAAAGAGGGCGAAGGGGAGAAGCAAGGCCGCGGGUAGCAAUGCGGGCUUGUGA